AUGGGGCGAGCGGGCGACGCGUUGAUGCUGGGCCACAGCGCGGCGGUGUUUGCGGUGUGCGUGGUACUGGACUGCGAGGACAGGGUGGUGGAGGCGUUGUGCCUGGCCGGCGUGUUCGUCUACGCCGUGCAUUCGGCAAUGCUGGUGAUCGAGGGCGAGGGCGCCUCGAGCAUGCUCGUGCACCAUCUGCUGGCGAUCGCGAUCCAGUCCAUCUUCUGGUGGCACGCGGACUCGCCCGAGCAGCCUCUCGCCCUGUGGAAGACCUUCGCCUGGACCGAAUUGGGCUCGACGCUGCACAAAUGCUCGCCAUUUAUCCCCAAUUUCCGAACAUGGAGGCUCAAGCGAUGGUACCAGGCGCUCUACCUCACGUGCUACCUCGUCACCUACGCCAUCAUCAUCGUCUGGCUCGCGAGCCAGAGCCGGCAUCAUCCCACAAGAUCGCAUCUGCUGGGAAUCGCGACCGAGGUGUGGCACGCGAGCCUGAUCUACAGCCUGAUCGCCCUCCUCGCCUACUGGUGGUGGCAAUCUCUCAACGCCCUCCGCCACGUCGUUGCUCAAAUGCGAUUAGGCGCCAAGAUCAGAGAUUAG